AUGGUUCGUCGAAAAUUACGUGAAGCUUUGCAUUAUCAUGUUAUUGUUCUUCUUCUUUUCAUUAAUUUUAUCGUUCAAUUAACAAAUAUUCCAUGGAUUCUUAAUUAUUAUCGUUUAGGAAAGGUUUGGCCACAAAAUUCUUUCUUUUGUCUUGUAUGGAUUUUUAUUGAUGAAGCUUUAUAUAUCACAAUAACAAUUCUAUUUGCUUGGGCAACUAUUGAACGGCAUAUUCUCAUCUUUCAUGAUCAAUUAUUAUCAACGAAAUAUAAAUUUAUUUUUUUUCAUUAUUUACCAAUAGCCAUCAUUCUGCUCUAUAGCAUCUGUUACAAUACUAUUGCGAUUAUUGUACCACCGUGUCAAAAUACAUUUGACUACUCUCAACUUGUAUGUGGUUAUCCUCUUUGUUAUUAUGAGGUUUCAUCAUUAGCAAUGUGGGAUGUUAUAGUUAAUCAUAUAAUACCUACAACAAUUAUUAUUUUUUGUAGUUUACUUCUACUUUUACGUGUUCUCUAUCAAAAAUUUCAAAUGCAUCGACCAAUUCGUUGGCAAAAUCAUCGAAAGAUGACAAUUCAAGUAUUAUCGAUUUCAGUUCUGUAUCUUGUCGUAUAUUUUCCAAAGAUGUUAUUGGAAUUUAUUCAUCUUUGUGGAAUUCCUGAAGAAGUUGGUGCUGAUUUAAUGCAUUAUGCAGACUUCUUUGUAUAUUAUGGCAAUCUUUUCUUACCUUUUGUAUGUGCUGGAUCAAUGCCUGAACUUAAAAAGAAAAUUAAAAACAUAUUUCUAAAUUAUCGACGACGGACACAAGUCAUUGGCCCUCAAACAUUAGCUUUAUCGCCUAAUGCAGGUGGUCCACAGUUUAAAUUUUAA